AUAUGAAUCGGUACGCAAUAAAAGCACAAAAUAUAUUAAAGAGAAGAAGUUUUUAAGUUAUUUUGCGUUGUUUUUCUGUUUGACGAUAUGAAACGUGAAUAUUUAGAAUUUGUGGUACUUAGUUUAGUGAUUGUACAAGUAUGUUUCGCCAAUCGGGUAAAGGCGGACAUUGAAGAAGAUAGUUGGAUGGAUCCAGAUGCCUGGGCUAGGGAUCAUUUAGUUUCGAGUGAAUUACAUACAAAUGUUGGCAAAUGUUGCAAAUGUUCAGAAAAUUUAAUUCAACAUCACUCUGAAGAACCAAUAAAGGAACAACAACAAACAAUUGCGGAAGAUGCAGCAUCGAUAAUAUAUUUCAAAAAGUUCAUUACAAUGUUGUUUCAUCGGAAGCAUUUCGAGUAUGAUUCAACUUUAGAAGUAUAUGAACGUUCAGUUGUAUUCACUGUUCAGUCAUCUCAACUGGACAAGUUAGAGCAACUGCAAGAUCCACGUGAUUUAGACAGCAUACUAGAGGAUAUUUUUAAUAAGGUGCGCAUUCCCAAUAUGUACCGCGAUGGUCACAAACAGAUACAUAAAACAGAAGCAUCAUCUGGAUUCACGGCAAUAGUGUUUGAAAUAUUCUAUGAUAUGUGGCAGCUAACAAAAACUUCUGAGAUACGAUUUCUUUUAGUUGUGGCUUUUGUGAUACUAAUUGCUUGGAUUUUCAAUUCUCGCUUCAAUAUUGGCUGGGUGGCUUUGAUUUUUGGUGGUUUUUUCGUAUAUGGAUAUCUUCAUACAUACCUGGAGUGCAAUAGGGAAUUGGAAAUAAAUCAAAUGUUGGAAAUCUUAAAUCGCGACAAAGGAAGCGAAAACAUCGUAAAAGAUUCUAGGUUUGUUAAAUUUUUAAAGGGGAUAUUUUCUAGAGAUGACACACUGGAUUUACAACAGCAAAAAUUAAAGCAAUCAGCUAAAUUGUCCUUAGGAUUUUGUAGACCCGAUCAUGUCUUAAUAAUGUAUUUUAAUGAUAUUUUCCUAAAAUAUUUGCAAGUGUUGUUGGAGCAAUGCACAGUCACAUUAACAACUCUUAAUAGUGCGUUAGGAUUUCCAUAUAACAUACUGUCGGGAGUUCUGUUGGUUUGCAUAAUUGCAUAUAUUCUAAAGUUGACAUUUAAAUAUAUAUUAAGCCCCUCUGCAUGGGCACAAUUUAUGCAUCGAAAGCAACCAUAUCAACCAGAUCUACAAGCAUCCAUAAAAUCCAGAGAAAAUAUAAAUGAUGACCGUUUAUCUGGCGAUAAUUUAAAAAUGUUAUUAAACGUAAUAAAUUCAACACCACAACGAAAUGCUGCAUCAAUGCUAUCAUCUUUGUCUGCUGUAUCAGGCGUAGAAGAAGUAAAAGAAGCUAUAGAACCACCGCCCAAAAACCUUUCUCCACAGCCUGAUAAAAGCAAGGCUGCUAAGAAACAAAAUAACAAUAAUUCGAAUGAAAAGUCGUUAACAGAAAACACUGAUGUAACGUUGGAAGAUCUAUCCGAGGAGUCAUAGUAUUUAAGAUUUGUAAAGUUUGUUAAUGAAAUAUAAGCUAAGCUAAACACAAAAAAAAACAUCAGUGAUAGAACUUAAUUUAUGUUACGAAUAAUUUAGAUUUUAUUUUUUAUUACUAAUUUUUAUUUAUUUGCAGUAUGUUCCAGUAUUUGUUAGACUUACAUGUUUUAGUCAGAACCAUUAUAAUAAAUAGCAUGUUAAUUUUAACUAAAAACAUAAAAUCUAACUAAUACUGGGACAGAUAUAUAUUUUAUAAAAACUUUGUAUUAUGUUUGUUUUACAUUUAUGAAAAAAUAAUAAAGCAAUUUUCUAGUUAA